AUGGCUGUCACAAACGGCAGCGCACCGGUCACCGGUAGCUCCUCGAAACACAACCUUCCCUCACAUUUCAUCGGUGGCAAUGCCCUCGAAUUAGCACCCCCAAGCAAGGUGAAGGACUUUGUGGCCGCUCACGACGGUCACUCCGUCAUUACAUCGGUGCUCAUCGCCAACAACGGUAUCGCCGCCGUCAAAGAGAUUCGUUCAGUGCGAAAAUGGGCUUACGAGACCUUUGGCAAUGAACGGGCCAUCCAAUUCACCGUGAUGGCCACGCCCGAAGAUUUGCACGCCAACGCCGACUAUAUUCGUAUGGCCGAUCAAUAUGUUGAAGUGCCCGGUGGAACCAAUAAUAAUAAUUAUGCCAACGUCGAGCUGAUCGUCGAUAUUGCGGAGCGGAUGGACGUGCACGCCGUGUGGGCUGGAUGGGGUCACGCCUCCGAAAACCCUCGGUUACCCGAAUCGCUGGCGGCGUCGCCCAAGAAGAUCAUCUUCAUUGGACCUCCCGCCUCGGCCAUGCGCUCUCUGGGUGACAAGAUUUCUUCCACCAUUGUUGCACAGCAUGCCGGUGUGCCUUGCAUUCCCUGGUCUGGAACCGGUGUCGAUGCCGUCAAGGUGGAUAACGAGGGUAUUGUGACCGUUGAGGAUGAUACCUAUAACAAGGGUUGCACCUUCUCCCCAGAGGAGGGUCUGGCCAAGGCGAAGGAGAUUGGAUUCCCCGUCAUGGUCAAGGCCUCCGAAGGUGGUGGUGGUAAGGGUAUUCGAAAGGUUGAGAACGAGGCGGAAUUCACUGCCUUGUACAAUGCCGCUGCCAACGAAAUUCCCGGAUCGCCCAUUUUCAUCAUGAAGCUGGCUGGCAACGCCCGCCACUUGGAGGUGCAACUGCUGGCUGAUCAGUACGGUAACAACAUUUCCCUCUUCGGACGUGAUUGUUCCGUGCAGCGUCGUCACCAGAAGAUUAUUGAGGAGGCUCCCGUCACGAUUGCCAAGCAGCCUACUUUCCAGGCUAUGGAGCGCGCCGCCGUGAGCUUGGGUCGUCUCGUCGGAUACGUCUCUGCCGGUACCGUUGAGUACCUCUACUCGCACUCCGACGACAAGUUCUACUUCCUCGAGUUGAACCCCCGUCUGCAGGUCGAGCACCCUACCACCGAGAUGGUUUCCGGUGUCAACUUGCCCGCUGCCCAGCUCCAGAUUGCCAUGGGUAUUCCUCUCCACCGCGUCCGUGACAUUCGUCUCCUCUACGGCGUCGACCCCAACACCUCCGCCGACAUUGACUUCGAUUUCUCCAAGGAGGAGAGCUACCAGACCCAGCGCCGCCCCCAACCCAAGGGCCACACCACUGCCUGUCGUAUCACCUCCGAGGACCCUGGCGAGGGAUUCAAGCCUUCCAGCGGUACCAUGCACGAGCUGAACUUCCGCAGUUCGUCCAACGUCUGGGGUUACUUCUCCGUCGGUACUGCUGGUGGUAUCCACAGUUUCUCCGACAGUCAGUUCGGUCACAUCUUCGCCUACGGUGAGAACCGAUCCGCCUCGCGCAAGCACAUGGUUGUUGCUCUGAAGGAAUUGAGUAUUCGUGGUGAUUUCCGUACCACCGUCGAGUACUUGAUCAAGCUUCUGGAGACCCCCGCUUUCGAGGACAACACCAUCACCACUGGAUGGCUCGACCAGCUCAUCACCAACAAGCUGACUGCCGAGCGUCCUGACCAGAUUGUUGCUAUUAUCUGUGGUGCUGUCACCAAGGCUCACCUUGCCAGUGAGGCUGGUAUUGAGGAGUACCGCAACGGUCUCGGAAAGGGUCAGGUUCCUUCCAAGGAUAUCCUGAAGACUGUCUUCCCUGUUGACUUCAUCUACGAGGGUGAGCGCUACAAGUUCACUGCUACUCGCGCCAGCUUGGACAGCUACCACCUCUUCAUCAACGGCUCCAAGUGCUCCGUUGGUGUUCGCGCCCUUGCUGACGGUGGUCUGCUUGUCCUGCUGAGCGGUCGCAGUCACAACGUCUACUGGAAGGAGGAGCCCGCUGCUACUCGUCUCAGUGUUGAUGGCAAGACUUGUCUGCUGGAGCAGGAGAACGACCCCACUCAGUUGCGUUCUCCCUCUCCCGGUAAGCUUGUCAAGUUCACCGUUGAGAACGGUGAGCACGUCCGCUCUGGUCAGUCCUACGCCGAGGUCGAGGUCAUGAAGAUGUACAUGCCCCUCAUUGCCCAGGAGGAUGGUAUCGUGCAGCUCAUCAAGCAGCCCGGAGCCACUCUGGAAGCUGGUGACAUCCUCGGUAUCCUUGCUCUGGACGACCCCUCCCGUGUCAAGCACGCUCAGCCCUUCACUGGUCAGCUGCCCGAGCUUGGCUCGCCUACCAUCCUUGGUAACAAGCCUUCCCAGCGAUUCUUCCUGCUCCACAGCAUUCUGGAGAACAUCCUCCGCGGUUUCGACAACCAGGUCAUCAUGGGUACUACCCUGAAGGAUCUCGUUGAGGUUCUGCGCAACCCUGAUCUCCCCUACGGAGAGUGGAAUGCACAGUCCUCCGCGCUGCACUCCCGUAUGCCCCAGAAGCUGGAUGCUCAGCUCCAGGCCCUGGUUGACAAGGCCAAGGCUCGCAAGGCUGAGUUCCCUGCUAAGCAGCUUCAGAAGGCCAUCGUUCGCUUCAUUGAGGAGAAUAUCACUCCCGCUGACGCUGAGCUCCUCAAGGCUACUCUUCUGCCUCUGGUCCAGGUUAUCAACAAGUACCUGGAUGGCCUGAAGUCCAACGAGUACAAUGUCUUCAUUGGUUUGCUCGAGCAGUACUACGAGGUUGAGAAGCUCUUCUCCACUCACAACUACCGUGACGAGGAUGUCAUUCUCAAGCUCCGUGAGGAGAACAAGGACGACAUCACUAGCAUUGUCCACACUGUCCUCUCUCACAGCCGCAUUGGAUCUAAGAACAACCUGGUUCUCGCCAUUCUGGACAUGUACCGCCCCAACCAGCCUAACGUCGAGAAUGUUGGCAAGCACUUCAAGCCUAUCCUUAAGAAGUUGACCGAUCUUGAGUCUCGCUCUUCCGCCAAGGUCACCCUCAAGGCCCGUGAGGUUCUGAUCCAGUGUGCCAUGCCUUCUCUGGAUGAGCGUCUGUCCCAGAUGGAGCACAUCCUGAAGUCCUCCGUUGUGGAGUCCCGCUACGGCGAGACCGGCUGGGAGCACCGUGAGCCUUCCUUCGAUAUUCUGAAGGAAGUGGUUGACUCGAAGUACACCGUCUUCGAUGUCCUGCCCCGCUUCUUUGUCCACAACGAUCCUUGGGUUACCCUUGCCUCUCUGGAGGUCUACGUGCGCCGUGCUUACCGUGCCUACACCCUCAAGGGCCUUGAGUACAACGCCUCAUCCGAGCAGCCCUUCCUGUCAUGGGACUUUACUCUUGGCAAGCUGGGCCAGCCCGAGUUUGGCGUUCUCUCCUCCACUCAGCCCUCGGCCCCUGGUACUCCCAUCGCAGAGGGCAACCCCUUCAAGCGGAUCAACUCUAUUAGCGAGCUGUCGAAUUUCAAUGACCCUCUGAGCGACCCCGUCCGCAAGGGUGUCAUCAUCCCCGUCCAGUACUUGGAGGAUGCCGAGGAGAUCCUCUCCAAGGCUCUCGAGUCCUUCCCUCUCGGUGGCUCCGCUAGACGCCCCAGCGAGCACGGCCUCAUUGCCAACCUCGAGGGCAAGCGUCGCCCCAUCGCCAAGCCCGAGCAUGAUAGCGAGCUCACCGGUGUCUGCAACAUUGCUAUUCGCGACAUUGAAGACCUCGAUGACCAGGAACUUGUUGGCCAAAUGCAGCAACUCCUCGCCGACAACAAGACUGAGCUUCUUGCCCGUCGUGUUCGUCGUGUCACUUUCAUCUGUGGCAAGCAGGGUGUCUACCCCGGUUACUUCACUUUCCGUGGACCCCACUACGAGGAGGAUCUCAGUAUCCGCCACAGCGAGCCCGCCCUUGCCUUCCAGCUUGAGCUUGGUCGUCUGUCCAAGUUCAACAUCAAGCCCGUCUUCACCGAGAACCGCAACAUUCACGUGUACGAGGCCAUUGGCAAGGGUCCCGAGAACGACAACUCUAUUGACAAGCGUUACUUCAUUCGCGCUGUCGUUCGUCCCGGCCGUCUUCGCGAUGAUAUCCCCACUGCUGAGUACCUGAUCUCUGAGGCUGACCGCCUGAUGAACGACAUUCUGGAUGCUCUGGAGAUCAUUGGAAACAACAACUCUGACCUGAACCACAUCUUCAUCAACUUCUCCCCCGUCUUCAACCUCCAGCCCGAGGAUGUUGAACAGGCCCUUGCUGGCUUCCUCGACCGCUUCGGUCGUCGCCUGUGGCGUCUGCGUGUCACCGGUGCUGAGAUCCGUAUUCUCUGCACCGACCCUACCACCGGUAUGCCUUACCCUCUGCGUGUGAUCAUCAGCAACACCUACGGUUUCAUCAUCAACGUUGAGAUGUACAUUGAGCGCAAGUCCGAGAAGGGUGAAUGGAUCUUCCAGAGCAUUGGUGGCACCAACAAGCUCGGCUCCAUGCACAUGCGCCCUGUUUCUACUCCUUACCCUACUAAGGAGUGGUUGCAGCCCAAGCGUUACAAGGCUCACUUGAUGGGAACUCAGUACGUGUACGAUUUCCCCGAGCUCUUCCGCCAGGCUUUCCAGAACAGCUGGACCAAGGUUGCGCAGACCAUCCCCUCCCUGUACGAGAAGCGCCCUCCUGUUGGCGAGUGCAUUGACUACAGCGAGCUUGUUCUCGAUGACACCGACAAGCUUGUUGAGGUGUCUCGCGAGCCCGGUACCAACACCCACGGUAUGGUUGGUUGGAUCAUCACUGCCCGUACUCCCGAGUACCCCCGCGGCAGACGUUUCAUCAUUGUCGCCAACGACAUUACCUUCCAGAUUGGUUCGUUCGGACCUCAGGAAGACAAGUUCUUCCACAAGUGUACUGAGCUCGCCCGCAAGCUGGGUAUCCCCCGUAUCUACUUGUCCGCCAACUCUGGUGCUCGCAUUGGUAUGGCCGAUGAGCUGAUCCCCUUCUUCUCCGUUGCCUGGAACAACCCCGAGAAACCCGAGGCCGGCUUCAAGUACCUUUACCUCACCCCUGAGGUUAAGAAGCGCUUCGAUGCCAGCAAGAAGAAGGAAGUCAUCACCGAGCAGAUCACUGAUGAGGGCGAGGAGCGUCACAAGAUCACCACUGUCAUUGGUGCCAAGGAUGGUCUUGGUGUCGAGUGUCUGAAGGGCUCCGGUCUCAUCGCCGGUGCUACCUCCAAGGCCUACGAGGACAUCUUCACCAUCACCCUUGUUACCUGCCGUUCCGUUGGUAUCGGUGCUUACCUUGUUCGUCUCGGUCAGCGUGCUAUCCAGGUCGAGGGUCAGCCUAUCAUCCUCACUGGUGCUCCUGCCAUCAACAAGCUGCUCGGUCGCGAGGUCUACACCUCCAACCUCCAGCUUGGUGGUACCCAGAUCAUGUACAAGAACGGUGUCUCUCACAUGACUGCCCAGGAUGACUUCGAGGGUGUCUCGAAGAUUGUUGACUGGAUGUCCUAUGUCCCCGACAAGAAGAGCGCUCCCAUCCCCAUCCGCCCCUGGGCUGACAACUGGGACCGUGAUGUCGCCUACUUCCCGCCCCCCAAGCAGCCCUAUGAUGUCAGAUGGCUCAUCAGCGGUAAGGAGGAUGUUGACGGCUUCCUCCCCGGUUUGUUUGACAAGGACUCCUUCGAGGAGGCUCUCGGUGGGUGGGCUCGCACCGUCGUUGUCGGUCGUGCCCGUCUCGGUGGUAUCCCCAUGGGUGUCAUCGCUGUCGAGACUCGCUCCGUCGAGAACGUCACCCCUGCUGACCCUGCCAACCCCGAUUCUAUGGAGAUGAUCUCCAACGAGGCUGGUGGUGUCUGGUACCCCAACUCCGCCUUCAAGACCGCCCAGGCUCUGCGUGACUUCAACAACGGUGAACAACUGCCCGUUAUGAUCCUCGCUAACUGGCGUGGAUUCUCCGGUGGUCAGCGCGACAUGUACAACGAGGUCCUCAAGUAUGGUUCGUACAUUGUCGACGCUCUCGUCAAGUACGAGCAGCCUGUCUUCGUCUACAUUCCCCCUCACGGUGAGCUCCGUGGUGGAUCUUGGGUUGUCGUCGACCCAACCAUCAACCCCGAGCAGAUGGAGAUGUACGCCGACGAAGACUCCCGCGGUGGUGUCCUCGAACCCGAGGGUAUCGUUGGCAUCAAGUACCGCCGCGACAAGCAGCUCGACACCAUGGCCCGCCUGGACGCCAAGUACGGCGAGCUCCGCCGCUCCCUGGAAGACACUUCUCUCACCAAGGAGCAGCUGUCCGAUGUCAAGGUCCAGAUGGCUGCCCGCGAGGAGCUCCUCCUCCCCGUCUACACCCAGGUUGCGCUUCAGUUCGCCGACCUGCACGACCGUGCCGGCCGCAUGCAAGCCAAGAACACCAUUCGCCAGCCUCUGCAAUGGGCCAACUCCCGUCGCUUCUUCUACUGGCGUCUGCGCCGCCGUUUGAGCGAAGAGCAGAUCGUCAAGCGCAUGGUCGCCGCUUCUGCCUCCCCCGCUCCUCAGACCGGAGCCGCUGGCGCCAUCCCCGCCACCGGAACCCACGCUUCCGCCGAGUCCCCCCGUGCCGCGCACCUGCGCUCUCUGCACGCCUGGACUGGUCUGUUGGACGAGGAGCUCGAGAACAACGACCAGAAGGUCUCUGCUUGGUACGAGGAGAACAAGAAGUUCGUGCAGACUAAGAUUGAUGCCCUCCGCACUGAGGGUGUUGCCUCUGAGGUCGCCCAGUUGCUUAUUGGCAACAAGGAUGGUGGUCUGCGUGGUGUCCAGCAGGUCCUCUCUAUGCUGCCUGUUGAGGAGCGUGAGGAGGUCCUUAAGUACUUGGGUUCUGCUUAG